UAGCUUGUUUGUUACCUCAGUUCGCGUACCGCUAUCCCCACGACUGGUUGUGUGAAACGUUCAAUUACCUAAUAAAUACGACCUCUAAUAACUUGGUGUUUGUUCCUACGACUUUUAUACGUGUUAUCGGAGAGUUUACUAGUUCUUCAACAUGGGGGGCUUCAAGACCCUCAUCCUCCUACAGCUGGUCUACUUCUGCGGCUGCAUGGACCAGCUCCACAUCCUCUACGAGUGGAAGCAGCUAGAUUUCGAGUUCCCCACCCCUGAGGCCAGGAUGCAGGCCAUAGAGUCCAAGAGUUUCAUCCCGGAGAACAAUAUCCCCAUGGGCAUUGAGAUAUAUGAGGAUCGGCUGUUUGUUACCGUGCCUAGGUGGAAGUCUGGUGUCCCUGCUAGCUUGAACUACAUCAAUUUGAAAGACAAUUCAACGACAUCACCGAAGCUGAUCCCGUACCCAAGUUGGGCAGCACACUCCAUCGGCAUGGACGGCAAGCCUCCAGAGAUCGUCUCACCAUUCCGCGUCAGAGCUGACCGCUGCGGACGACUCUGGGUCUUGGACAACGGCAAGAUGGGCAACUUGGAGAAGAACACCACGAAAUUCCCCCCAGCACUCAUUAUCUACGACUUGAAGAACGAUAACCUGAUCAGGAAAUACGUCUUUCCCGCUGACCAGGUCAAAGAAGAUUCUGGGUUCGCCAACAUUGCUGUGGAAGAUACCGACUGCGAAAAAACUUAUGCAUACGCAGGUGAUGUGGGCAAACCUGGCCUUAUAGUGUACUCCUGGGAAAAGAACGAAUCCUGGAGGAUAACUCACCACUACUUCCACCCCGACCCACUGGCUUGUGAUUUCAGUGUCAAAGGAUUCAACUUCAGCUGGACGGAUGCUUUGUUCGGGCUUGGUCUAUCAGCACCCAACGCUGAUAACUACAGCACUCUUUAUUUCCACCCUAUGGCUAGUUACGACGAGUUUUCUGUCUCAACCAUGUAUUUGAGGAACGCCUCCAUUGCUGAAGCUAACUUCGGCGCCUUCAAUGUUUUGGGAAGUCGUGGACCGAAUGCACAAUCCAGUGUUUCGUUCGUCGAUCCCAAGACUGGAGUGUUGUUUUAUUCCCUGGUGAACUUGAACGCUGUUGCAUGCUGGAAGACUUCCAACAAGGAGUACUUGAUGAAGAAUCAGGGCAGGAUCUAUAUGAACGAGGUCACAAUGGUAUACCCGACUGAUAUUAAAGUUGACUAUAAUGAUAACCUUUGGAUUCUGUCAAAUAGGAUGCCGGUAUGGAUGUAUGGAAGCCUAAACCCAGAAGAGGUGAACUUUAGGGUAUUUUCAGCCCCUGUUGUAGAUGCCAUCAGUCACACUGCUUGUGACAUCACUCCUAGAUCUGACAUCUUUGACAAAUUCGUGAAUAAGAUCAAGAAUGCAACUAACUCGGUGGUUGCUAAGAUAAAGCCUAACUCUGGCAGUGCAAUCAGUCCGUUCUCUGUUUUAAGCGUACUUUUUAUCAGUUGGAUUAUCUCUUUAACUAUUUAAAGUUUUGAAAGGGAAUUAUGAUAGGGUGUCUUUCCAAUUUCGUUGCUUUUACGAACAAGUUAGAUUUUGAACGUCAGUUAUACAGACACAUUUUACUAAGGGACUUUUUUCUGGCCUUAAAGACCCUGAGUUAAUAUUAAGAUAAGGUUGUGAACUUAGGAAGUAACUGGCGUACAAAAUGUUCGAGUGCUUGCUUGGAGUGUGAAAUGACAAGGGACUGACACGCCCAUUUUGAAUGCUAGUCGGAAGUGUUAGUAUUAUAGCCUUUAUUAUUAUCAUUAGGUCCUACGUCUUUUUUAUGAUGUCUUAAAUUGAUAAAAAGUUCAAAUUAUUCGAUUUUAGAUCACAGCUUGUUCUUAAAUUAUUCUCCUAGCAGCCAAGCUGUUUUUUUAUUACUAUGUAUUUUGAGGCUGAAUGGAGUGUGAAAUAAUGUUGGAUCAAUAUCAAACAAAAUUAAAUGCAAUCUUUUUAAUCUUUGGCUCUACUUUGAAAAAUAACUAAUUGUUGUAUUGCAAUCGUUAGGAAUUGAUAUAAACAUGUAAAAGUAAGGUCUCGUAAAUGCGUCGUGACAAACAAAUAUAAAGUAACAAAUAUGUUACCGCUUUAUUUAUUGUGAUCGCAUAUAAUGUAACGUAUUUCGUACUUAUUUUGUGCCUUUACGUGAUAUCACAUAAGCUAAUUUAGAUUAGUGCACGGUACGUGUUUUGUAAAUAUUAACUUUAAUAAAAAGUGCUAAAAGCUUA